ACUAAGGCCAAGUUGGGCUGAAAAUGUCCACAAGGGUUUUCCGGCGUGGCUCCUAUAUAAGAUAACUCUUUCCCAAACCCUAAUCCGUCUUCACUGUCAUUGCUCGCUUCAGCUAUCUCACGCAGCGCGAUGGGUGCCUACAAGUAUGUUUCGGAGCUAUGGCGCAAGAAGCAGUCUGAUGUCAUGAGGUUCCUGCAGAGGGUCAGGUGCUGGGAGUAUCGUCAGCAGCCUUCGAUUGUCCGUUUGACCAGGCCUACUCGCCCUGACAAGGCUCGCCGCUUGGGCUACAAGGCUAAGCAGGGUUAUGUGGUUUACCGUGUUCGUGUUCGAAGGGGUGGGAGGAAGAGGCCAGUUCCCAAAGGUAUUGUUUAUGGGAAGCCAACAAACCAAGGAGUUACUCAACUGAAAUUUCAGCGCAGCAAGAGGUCAGUUGCUGAGGAGCGAGCUGGACGGAAAUUGGGUGGCCUCAGGGUCCUCAAUUCUUACUGGGUGAAUGAGGAUUCGACCUACAAAUAUUAUGAGAUCAUUUUGGUGGAUGUUGCCCACACUGCUAUAAGGAAUGACCCAAGGAUCAAUUGGCUGUGCAAUCCAGUCCAUAAGCACAGAGAACUGACCGGAAAGACUUCUGCUGGGAAACAUAACAGGGGUUUGGUGGGCAAAGGACAUCGCCACCACAAAGCACGUCCAUCCCGCAGGGCAACAUGGAAGAAAAACAACUCUCUUUCUCUUCGUCGCUACCGCUGAUUCUGCUGGUUCUAUUGUAUGGUGUUUCAUUUUCUUAAUAUUUUGCAGUGCAUUUUAUGUUUUGACUUUAUAAAUCGUCAAGUUUUGAACGCCUGGACUUCCUUUUUCUGGAAUCCCUUUAGUGGUGAAACAGUCGAGAUUAGUGUGUUGUAAUUUUCUGACAUGCCGGGAUUUUUCUUAUCAUAUUGUCGUUUACUA